UGGUGUUUUAAGCAUCAAUUGCAACAAUCAGAGCAGAAUGAUCUCAAGAUUAAAGGGCUUUUACACUUGCCCAGCAGUACUUUUCGCGUUCAAUGCACCACAGCAUUGUGUUUGCCGGUAUGCACAGCUCUUGAAAAUAUCCAUUUGUAAUAGUCAAGAUGAGUGGUCACAGUCAUGGUGAGCCCGAAGAUGCUGGAUGCGGCGUUCCCGCGGCGCCGGGGGCUCCGUCAUCCAGCUAUGCCCUUCUUUCGAUCUCUGACGCCACUGAAGUCAUCCUGAAAUCGGCAAACCGAUUGCAGCCCGUGACUGUCAGUCUAGACAAGGCCCUUGGGACCAUUUUGGCAGAGGAUGUGCACGCUCCAGAACCACUUCCACCGUUUCCUGCGUCUAUUAAGGACGGGUAUGCUGUCAUCUCGGAAGAUGGACCAGGAGAAUACCCGAUCAUUGGCGAGGCUCGUGCGGGAGAUGCUGAAAGCGAGGUGGUCGUGAAAAAAGGCACCGUUGCUUACAUCACCACUGGGGGCCCCAUGCCAGAAGGAGCAAAUGCAGUUGUCCAAGUUGAGAACACGCUGCCGCUUCCGGACGGUCCGAAUGGAGAGAAGCGCGUCCGGAUCGUGAAACCUGCAAAGGGCCCGGGGGAUGAUGUCAGGGGGGUGGGCUCCGACAUCCCAGGGGGCGCGGAAGUCCUGAAAGCUGGGGAACGCCUGUCCGCUGGUGAAAUCGGGAUUCUUGCAACCGUCGGCGCUGUCAAAGUCAAGGUGUACCCCCGACCACUCGUCGCUGUUCUAUCCACCGGAGACGAGCUGAUCGACCCCUAUAGUGGCAAGACACUCGGACGAGGCCAGAUUCGCGAUGCCAACCGCGCGAUGCUCUUAGCGGCCGCUCAGGACGUCGGAUGCGAAACCCUAGACCUGGGCAUCGCCGGCGACCAGGCGGGCGACCUCGAGGCGAAGCUGGACGCCGCGCUCGAGGGGGGCGCUGACGUCCUGCUGACGUCAGGGGGCGUGUCGAUGGGCGACAAGGACCUGGUGAAGCCGCUGCUCGAGAAGCGGGGUACGGUGCACUUUGGGCGGGUCUUGAUGAAGCCCGGCAAGCCGCUGACGUUUGCGUCCAUUCUCCGGGCCAAGAAAGGCCCCGGGGACCAGCUGCUCGUCUUCGGUCUUCCUGGGAACCCCGUCAGCAGUAUCGUCACCUUCAAUCUGGCAGCGCUGCCAGCUAUUCGCAAGCUCGCCGGCUGGGCCGAACCGGAGCUUAGACGGGUGGAGGCCUCCUUGGCGCAGUCAGUAAAGCUGGAUCCGGAGAGGCCCGAGUACCACAGGGCCUCCUUACACUGGGAAGCCGGGAAAGGGUUCAUUGCGGAGAGUACAGGUCGCCAGAUUAGCAGCCGCCUAUUGAGCAUGCGGUCGGCGUCGGCGCUCUUGGAGCUCCCGCGAAGCAGCGGGGUCCUGCCCGCUGGGACAAAAGUCUCCGCCCUAGUUAUUGGAAACCUCAUGGCCAUGCCAUACUCCGAGGUUCCAAAGAUCAGCCCCCCUGCUGACACGUCAACAGCAGCCGCGGGAGCCGCGGGCCAUUCACAGCACCACGGGGGCGGGCAUUCACAUCACCACGGCCGGGGCCACUCGCACCAUGACGGCGGAGGGCAUUCACACCAGCCUGGGGCGGAUGCUUCGGCUUCCAAGGACGCGGCCGGAACGAACUUCUUCUCACUUCAGAAGGGCGUGCACGGGCAGAGCUUCGAUCCCGCGAAAGCCGGUGUGAACGCGCCCCCGGGGGGCGUUACCACCACGGAAGAAAAGACCCGCGAGCUGAACCAGAUCGCAGCGGAGUAUUUUGCGAAGGGGAAGGAGGCGGCGGCGGGAGGCGCGCAGGUGCGCGUGGCGGUGCUAACCGUUUCGGAUACGGUGUCGAAGGGGUUGGGAAUCGACAAGGGGGGCCCGGCGGCGGUGGCAGCGGUUGAGAAGCUGGGGGAGCGGGUUGGGGGCGUAAAGGUGGUCGAAACGAAAGUGGUUCCGGAUGAGGUGGAUCAGAUCCAGGCGGCGAUCAAGAAGUGGUGCGACGAGGACAAAGUCAGCUUGGUGAUAACCACAGGUGGCACCGGUCUAGCGCCCCGUGACGUCACUCCCGAGGCCACGAAGGCGAUCCUGGAGCGGGAGGCGCCCGGGUUUGCGCACGCCAUGAUGACCUACAGUCUGACCAUCACGCCGACUGCCAUGCUGUCAAGAAUGGCGGCUGGGACACGUGGCUCCACUCUGAUCAUCAACAUGCCCGGGAACCCAAACGCCAUCGGCGAGUGCCUCGACGCCAUAGCGGUGGCCUUGCCGCAUGCGCUACGCCAAUUGCGAGGAGACAAGAGGGAACGGCACCCGCGACAUACGCCCCACGGAACGUCGAGCUAGUUAUGGUACAUGAAGCUGGCAUCCUAAGUUGGAAGCAUUGAUAGGAUGAAAGAAAGGUUCAGAAAGGUUCUGAGAUCAAAAAUGAUGCAAAAGAAAAUGAAAGGGACCACUUGAGAAGGAUUAAAGGACCAUCGUAGCAAGAUUGUGUCUAUCUCAUUCCAUUGAAGGUUCGAUUCCAUUGGCAGCUGUGUUGUCUUGAUGGAGAUCAUCCAUGAACGGCCGCUGAUCAACAAUCCCGCAC